AUGAUGGGGUCAACUGACGUUGUUCCCAAGUUCCGAUCGAAUUCGAUCAGAACGGCAGCAGUGACGUCAUCACAACGCCCAGGACCACAACCGGAUGGAACUGGAUACGUUCUGCUGUUGCGCAGUUGCGCAGUUAACGAGUGCGAGUGUCCAUGCAAGUGGACGGAUGAACAUGCGGUCGCGUUAGUACGACGUAUGAUACGUUACGCUGCUAUGGAGACGCAGACGCAAACGAACGUAAAGAUUCACCCAAUCAUUCGGUUUUGUUCAUCAUCAAACGCAAUGGAGGCGAAAGGUGAACAGGUAAGAAGAAGAAGAAGGAGAAGAAGCAAAAAAAAGAAGAAGAAGAAGAAUCCUCGACCACAAUGA